GCCGACGUUGUCUCAAACCCGUCUUCUAGAUGUGCGCGGUGUCGCGCGACCCACUUGACGCGACCCACUCGAACUAUCACUUCUUGCUUCGUUCCCUCCUACCUUUGUCGUAGUACACAGGUUUGCCACCGACCGAAUGUACAACGUCGCUAAGGUAUCAUGUCAGUGGCUCGUCCUCCUUUUAUGAAUGCCUACACAGUCGCGAUCGCAGACCAUUCAGUCGAAACCGAUAGGCGGAGGACCAGAUGGCUUCCAAAACUUAUUCGACUCGGUAUGCAAAGACAUAGGUACUCAUGGGUCUAUACAAGCGUUAGAUCAUUUGGGGGCGAAGAAACCCAGGAUCUAUUGGUUACUCUUGUCUCUACCUUGCAAGCCCUUCCUCCUGCUCAGUUCCUGAGAUCUAGAAAUGGAAGCAAAGCUCUCUUCCAUGACCUCUUGAGGCUUAAUGCAGCUGUCAGCUCUGCCGAUUUCGACGUCAAACGAAUACCGUGUCCGUGUACCCAACGAUCGGAGUCAACCAACGAUCAGGGCACCACAUUUGUAGUAUAUUUCAACGCGUAGUAACUCAACCACCAUGCCAGGAGUUCAAGAUGCGCUUAAAAAGAUUUGUCAAUUGAAGCCAGGUGAAAAAUUUGUAUAUACAA